ACCCCCACCCCCCACGAUUUCUGAGGGGGAGGGCGGGGCUUCGCUUCGCCUGGGAGCUCCCGAGCGAAGGGAACCCCGCCCCCCCCCCCUCGGAAAAGUCGUGGGGGGCAGGGGCAGGGCUCGCGCGAGGCCCCCUAUGUCUUUGCGUGCAGCCGCCUGCCGAGGGGCCCCUCGGGGAGCGGGCGACCGGGCCGCCCGCUCCUCGGGGGCCAGCCUUCGGGCGCCCGCCCUCGUGCGGGCGGGCGCCUCUCUGUGCGGGCCCCGCAGGGGCCUCCUCGUGUUCCCUCGCCGCUCCUCGUCUUGCGGAGGCCCGGCCGGUGCCCCGGCGUGCCAGCGUGCAGCUCCUCGUGCGCAGCACGGGUCGCUCAUGGCCUCGGGCGUCGGGGCGCAGCUCGGUCGUCGCUGGGGGAGGAGAGGGGGCCUCCAGCCUGAAGCAGCGCACACGUGCACACCGUUCAUCUCUAUGGAUUCGGAAGCUCUUUGAUUUUCUUGGGGGGCCAAGACCCUUUCAUUUCUAAUUGUUCUAUCCUGGGCCUCUUCCUGGCCACUAGGGCGCCAGGAACAAUUAGAAACGAGCACGAUUAGAAAUGAGCACGAUUAGAAAUGAACGACGUGUUUGGAUGGUUGUCGCUAAAAGGGAGCAUCUAGUCGUUCCCCAGCCAUGUCGGGCAGGCAGAGGGCGGUGCCAGAGAAGGAAUACAAGAGGUGGGAGCAAGAGGUGGUCAACAAGUUUUACACGGAGUCUCAGGCCCAUACAGAGUUGGUUCCAACAGAUGGACAUCCUUCUAUAGUGCAGAAGGAGAAGGUAAUCGCGGUUGUGCUUGCUGGCGAUGGAGGAAUGAUCGAUCAAGUGGCUCGCGAGGAGAUCGAUGAACUUCCUAGGAAGGGUGGUCAUAUCAUGCUGUUUCACAUAGGGAAGGACGAGAAAGAUGGGGUUAGCUAUGGUUAUAUCGAGGAGAAAAAAGAGUUUGUCCAUCCAGGGAUCGACGUUGGCGGUCUGACGAAUUACAGGCAACCGAUAGGGAAAUCGGCCAACUUUAUCCCUGAUGCAGAUGCGCACUUUGUUAUCGGUCCGCAUUGUGAUGCAGAGUCGGCGGGAAUGCUGGGAAGCCAAUUGCGGGAGACAUGGAAUAAGUAUGCCCCAAAACCUCUCCCUCAAGACUUCAACACUAAGCUGUCCGAAGUGGUGAGGUCCAUUCAUGAUGUUUUUCAAGACAAUGGAGGUGCAGUGCUGAAGUUUUGGAAGCCGCCUUCUGAGCACCGGGUAUUGGUCACGUCCGCCGACGUGAGGGCUCGCACGGGGAAAUACUAUGAGCGCGUGUUCGGGAAAGGCCUGUAUGCAAUGGAGUCUGAUGGAAUCGGCCUCUUUGCAGGCGUGUCCAAGUCAUCCAUCACUCCCAACAUCAAUCAGCGCAACAUCGAUCUGGAGUAUAUUCCAUACGCGCCAGCACCUCCGACGUGCACAACGUCCUCUUCUUCAAGAUGCGUGCCGACGUCCCGCCGGCGGCCGUGCCGAUGUUGGGCGGCGGCGACCGCGGCGUUGCCGGUUCUCGUCGGCGCAGCCCUGGCCAGCGGCAUUCAAAGAUUCAAGUCGAUGGAUGAGCACCGGCGGUCACAGGCGUUGGACAGCCUCUACAAGUGGAGCCUCCGGGUGGGCGCAGACCGCCUGGACGGCUCCGUGCUCCGCGAGGGCCCUGGCUUGGACGUGGACGUGCCGCCCACGCUGGUUGGGAAGAGCGCCGUGAUCACGGGCGGCACCAAGGGGUGCGGCUUCCACGCGGCCGUCAACUUCAAGGCGCUCGGCGCCGACGUUGUGAUAUCGGGCCGGUCUGAGGCCAAGGCGGGAGACGCUGCCAGGAAGAUCGCCGAGCUGGGGGGGCGCCGUCCGGGCGCUGCCGCCGGCCCGCACAGGGUGGUGCGCCCCGAGGAGAGCUAUGGCUCCGUCGUCGGCCUGCCUCUGGACACCACGGUCUUCGAGACGGUGAGGCGGUUCGCGUUCCUGGUCGUGAGAGCUGUGCCCUCUCCGAGCAUAGACUUCCUCAUCCUGAACGCCGGCACCAGCCACAGCGACGCCGACCAGGAGGCCUGCGUCGCGCAGGGCUACCCCAGGUGUCUCAAGCCUGCCUUGGGGCGAGCUUGCCCAGCGAAGUGCAGGGACGACACCGAGUGGGUAGCCAAGAGCGGGCACAACCGUGUGAUGGCUGGGAAUCACCUGGGGCACUUCCUCCUGGCCUCGAUGCUGGCUCCACACCUCGCACCCGACGCGAGCGUCGUUGUUGUGAGCAGCUUGGCCAUGUGGUUCGGGAACCCGCACUGGCUCAUGCAGCACUGGGGAUCCCCGCCGCAGCGGCUCGAGACAGUGAAGGAGGAGAUCAAGGGCGGCGGCGACCUCAGAUCUCGGCCUGGAUCGACGUGCUGAAGGACGCCUGAGGGUAGGCGCCCCAGAGACAAGUUCAGAGGCCGAGGAUGAAGAUGAAAUCCUUUUUGAGGCCUGGCUCUAGUGAGUUGGGGUUCGGAGGGCGCGGGCACCGCGCCGUAGCCAUUGAGCUUCGGCAGUGCGGCCUCGUGCACCUGGCAAUGUGACGCACUCUCGACGGGUGCGGACGGCGGACGCACGCUUAGGAUGGCCCCUGCUCCUUUUCGCCUCCCCCUUCGCCCCUCGCCUUUCGUGGCCCCUGCCCGUCGCUCGUGGCCUCCUCUGUUCGGCCCCCUCGGUCGGCCCCCUUCGGCCGGCUCGGUCCCUCGUGUAGGCGCAGCUUGAGCUUCCUAGUCACGAAACCAGUCAGUGGAGCAGUCAUUCUGAUCUCUCGUCCCACAGCCGCUCACAGACAGACACCUCCACCUCCUUCUCCUCCUCCCCCUCUCCCCCUCCUCCUCCUCCUCCUCCUCC